AUGGUUCUGGUAAUCCUGUAUUUUUUUCCCUUGUUUUUACAGGUGACCUGUAACUGUUUCACCAUCAGUAAUGGAGAGAUGCAGGAUGUUGGUGUUGGCCUAUAUCCCAGCAUGUCUUUACUGAACCACAGCUGUGACCCAAACUGCGUGAUCGUUUUUGAAGGAUUCCAGCUUUUACUGCGCUCUGUCCGCGAGAUCCAGAUUGGUGAAGAGCUCACCAUCAGCUACAUAGAAUCACUGAUGCCCACCAGUGAACGCCAAAAGCAACUGGUGCGCCAGUAUUGCUUUGAAUGUGAUUGUCUUCUCUGCCAGAAUCAAGAGAAGGAUGCUGAGAAAUUGGCUGGUGAAGAGCAUGCCUGGAAAGAAGUCAAAGAUGCUGUAAAUGAAGUGAAAUAUCCAAAAUCAAAAGAAGAGUGGGAGCAGGUUCUGGCAAGAUGCCAGAAUCUCUUGAGCAGCAACACGGGUCACCUACCAGACACAAAUAUCUAUCAGCUGAAAAUGCUUGACUGUGCCAUGGAUGCCUGUAUUAACCUUGAAUCCUGGGAAGAAGCAUUGUAUUAUGGCAGCAGGACUCUGGAACCAUAUAG